AUGGCAGCGGCUGCGGGCGGCGGAACCAAGGCGAGCGCCAACAUGUGGGCCGUGCUCGCCGACGAUGAUCCCGGCGACAACGAGGCAGCCAAGAGACUUGAGAGGGACACCAAGGGCAGAGAAGCCACGGAAUACAAGCACCAGCAGACGAUGGCGACGGCGGCCUCGAGGGCCGCCCGUCGGCAACGCUGCAGAGCAGCGCCGCCGACGUCUGGUCGCAGCGAAGAAGAAGCGCGAACGAAAGCGGAGCAGGAAGCAGAGGAAGAAGCUGCAGCCGGUAGCGGUGGCCAAUGGCGAUGCUAA